UUCACAAGUUGCCGAGAGUUUUUUGUGUUGUCAAGAAGAAAAGCAGACGUGAGAAUUUAUUAAAAUGGCAUCUUUCAUUGGCAAGAAGUACAAACUGGAAAAGUCCGAGAACUUCGAUGAGUACAUGAAGGAACUGGGCGUUGGCAUGGUGAUGCGCAAAAUGGGCAACUCAGUUAGCCCCACCGUGGAGGUGACCCAGGAUGGUGAUACAUAUACCAUGACCACAACAUCCACAUUCAAGACCUCGGCGAUUAGCUUCAAGCUGGGCGAGGAGUUCGAUGAGGAGACUCAGGAUGGCCGCAAGGUCAAGAGCAUCAUCAGUCUGGAUGGCAACAAGCUGACGCAGGAGCAGAAAGGCGACAAGCCCUCGACCAUUGUGCGCGAAUUCUCCGACAGCGAGCUCAUUACUACCCUUACUAUUGGCAACGUGAAGUGCGUGCGCACCUACAAGGCUGUCUGAACAUUCUUGGAUGGGGACCAAACUCAGUGACUGAAUUCUAAAACUGUCUAAACUAUAUAUUUGCAUUAACUAUAUACAACUAAAGCCCCUUUCUCCCAAUGUUUCUAUUGUUAUUGAUUAACAGUAAUUAACGGAACUGCACCUUAUUGUUUAAUUAUAAACACACAUGCGAAUGAUAUAAUGCAUGUAACAUGACAUAUUAACUAUUUCAAAAUGAAUUUGAAUAAAGGCGUAUAUUAUUUGCUUUAAAA